CCCACGACACCCUCUCCAUGGGGACCAUAGAGCACCUGUCAGGAAGGAGGAAGCCAAGGCCGGCUCCUCAUGGACCCCGUUAGCCUCCAGUUGGGCACCAGGAACCUGUGGAGCUGGCUUGUGAGGCUGCUCAGCAAAGACCCAGAAUGGCUGGAUGCCAAGAUGAAGUCCUUCCUUCCCAACGUGGAUCAGGGCUCCAGGCACGAGGCCUCAGACCCCGAGCAGAGGGUCAUCGAACAACUCAGCACGCUGCAAGCCCAAGGUCAGGCCACGUGGGAGUCGUUCAUCCACUGCGUGUGCAUGGAGCUGGAGGUGCCCCUGGACCUGGAGGUGCCACUGCUGAGUACCUGGGGUUGUGAAGACGGGUUCUCCAGCCAGCUUGCAGCCAGUGAGGAAAGCUGCCCUGAAUCUCAGCUCCACCACAGCCUCAAGCGCCCUCAUCAGAGCUGUGGGUCCUCACCCCACCGGAAGCAGUGCAGGAAGCAGCAGCUAGACUUGGCCAAGAAGUACCUGCAACUCCUGAGGACCUCGGCCCAGCAGCACUAUGACAGCAGGCUCUCUGGGUCAGGCCAGCCCCUCGCCUUCCACCAGACCUAUGUCCCCCCGAUCCUGCAGGGGAGCUGGACCACGGCACCCUUAGACACACAGGAGGGGGCUACUACAGGGGAUCCUGAGGCACAAGAUGGCACUGACGUGAGCAUCUGGGAUCUCUUCAACACCAGGGCCAACAAGGCCCCGAGGCUGACAGUGCUCUUGGGGAAGGCUGGCAUGGGUAAGACCACGCUGGUCCACCGGCUCCGCCAGAAGUGGGCUGAGGGCCAGCUGGAUGGUUUCCAGGCCCUGUUUCUUUUUGAAUUCCGCCAACUCAACCUGGUCACAAGUUUCCUAACGCUGCCCCAGCUCCUUUUUGAUGUGUACCUGAGCCCUGAGUCGGACUCCGAUGCUAUCUUUCAGUACCUAGAGGAGAAUGCUGAUCAAGUCCUGUUGAUCUUCGAUGGGCUGGACGAGGCUGUCCACCAUUACCCCAGCAGAGAGACCAGGGGUCCCGAUGACCCAGGCCCAGCUCUCUCUCUCUUCUCCGGUCUCUGCCGUGGGGUGCUCCUGCCUGGCUGCUGGGUGAUGGCCACCUCCCGUCCUGGGAAGCUGCCUGCCUGCCUGCCCACCGAGGCUGCCAUGGUCCACAUGUGGGGCUUCGACGGGCCACGGGUGGAGGAGUAUGCGAGCCGCUUCUUCAGCGCCGGACCUUCGCGGGAGGAGGCCCUGGCAGAGUUGCGGACAAGUGGACGUCUCCAGAGCCUGUGCGCUGUACCUGCCCUGUGUCAAGUCGCCUGCCUCUGCCUCUACCGUCUGCUCCCUGGCAAGGCCUCAGGCCAGUCUGCAACCUUCCUGCCUACUAUGACUCAGCUGUACAUGCAGAUGGUGCUCACACUCACCCCUUGCAAGUGCCUGCCCGCCACAACCCUGCUGGGUCUGGGUGAGCUGGCCCUGAGGGGCCUGGAAACCGGGAAAGUUAUCUUCUAUGAAAAAGACAUCCCCCAAUCCACGAUGGCCUUCGGGGCUGCCCACAGCCUGUUGACCUCCUUCUGUGUCCACACGGGGUCUGGGCACCAGCAGACAGGCUAUGCUUUCACCCACCUCAGUCUGCAGGAGUUUUUUGCUGCCCUGCACUUAAUGGCCAGUCCCAAGGUGGACAAAGACACACUCGCCCGCCACAUCACCCUUAAUUCCCGCUGGGUGCUGCGGACCAAGACCAGACCGGGCCUCUCAGACUGCCUCCGCACUUUUCUGGCAGGCCUGGCAUCCUGCGCCUGCCGCCCCUUCCUCAGCCAGCUGGCGUGGCAUGAUGAGGCCUGGGUGGGCACCAAGCAGGCUACUGUUAUGCAGGUGCUAAAGAAGUUGGCCACCCGCAAGCUCACAGGACCAAAAGUCAUAGAGCUGUGUCACUGUGUGGAUGAGACACAGGAGACUGAGCUGGCCAGUCUCACAGCCCAAAGUCUCCCCUAUCAUCUGUCCUUUCAUAAUUUCCCACUGACCUGUGCCGACCUGGCCACCCUGACCAGCAUCCUAGAGCACAGGGAAGCUCCCAUCCACCUGGAUUUUGAGGGCUGCCCCCUGGAGCCCCACUGCCCUGAGGCUCUGAUUGGCUGUGGGCAGGUGGAGAAUCUUAGCUUUAAGAGCAGAAAGUGCGGGGACGCCUUUGCGGAAGCCCUCUCCAGAAGCUUGCCGACCAUGGGGAGGCUGCAGGUGCUGGGGUUAACAGGAAGUAAGAUCACCGCCCGAGGCAUCAGCCACCUGGUGAAAGCUCUGCCUCUCUGUCCACAGCUGGAAGAGGUCAGUUUUCAGGACAACCAGCUCAAGGACCAGGUUGUGCUGAGCAUUGUAGAGGUACUCCCUCACCUGCCACGGCUCCAGAAGCUUGACCUGAGUGGCAACAACAUCUCCGUGUCAACUCUACUCUGCUUGGCAAAGGUGGCAGUCACAUGCUCUACCAUCAGGACUCUCCAGGUCAGGGAGGAGGACCUUAUCUUCCUUCUUUCUCCACCCACAAAGACAGCUGCAGAGCUACAAAGAGCUCCAGACCUACAGGAGGGUGACAGCCAGAGGAAAGAGGCUCAGAGGAGGAGCCUGACACUCAGGCUCCAGAAGUGUCAGCUCCGGGUCAGUGAUGCAAAGGCCCUCAUAGCCAUGCUUCAGGAGGGUCCCCUCCUGGAGGAAGUGGAUCUCUCAGGGAACCAGCUGGAAGACGAAGGCUGUCGGCUGAUGGCAGAGGCUGCGUCCCAGCUGCACAUCGCCAGGAAGCUGGACCUCAGCGACAACGGGCUCUCUGUGGCCGGGGUGCACUGUGUGCUGAGCGCCCUGAGCAUGUAUGGGCACCUGGCAGAGCUGCACAUCAGCCUGCUGCACAAAACUGUGGUCCUCAUGUUUUCCCAGGAGCUGGAGGAGCAGGGGACGCCCCAGAAGAGGACUAUGUUUCUUGACAGUCUCAUGCCCCAGAUGCCCUCUGAGCUGCCCCUGAGUUCUCGAAGGAUCAGGCUGACACAUUGCGGCUUCCAAGCCAAGCACCUACAGCAGCUCUGCAAGGCUCUGGAAGAAAGCUGUCACCCCGGUCACCUCAGUCCCUUCCACCUCGACUUCUCACAUAACGCUCUGGGUGAUGAAGGUGCGGCCCUGUUGGUUCAACUGCUCCCAGGGCUGGGCACUCUGCAGUCUGUGAACCUCAGUGGGAAUGACUUCUCCCUGGAUGGUGUGUUCAGCUUGGCCCAGUGCUUCUCUACUCUGCAGUGGGUGUUCCAUCUAGACAUCAGCUUUGAGAACCAGCAUGUCCUCCUGGAAGGUGACAAUGGAGACAGGAACAAGUGGGCUGGUGGAUCUUUGCCAGAGUUCCCGGCUGGACCUGAGUUCUCGGCCCUCGGUCAGCGCUGUGUGCCCAGGAGAUUUUGCCUCACGGAAUGUCUACUCCAGCCCCUGAGCCUCACCCGCCUCUGCACGACCCUGGAGGAGUGCCCAGGGCCUCUGGAAGUCCAAUUAUCCUGUGAGGUCCUGAGCGACCAGAGCCUGGAGACCCUGCUGCACUGCAUACCCCGCCUCCCCCAGCUGAGUCUACUGCAGCUGAGUCAGACGGGACUGUCCCCUAGAAGCCCCUUCCUGCUGGCCAACAUCUUCAGCCUGUGCCCACGGGUUCAAAAGUUGGAUCUCAGGUCCCUGCACCAUGUGACCCUGCACUUCAGAUCCAGUCAGGAGCAGGAAGAUGUGUGCUGUGGACUCACGGGCUGCAGCCUCAGCCAGGAGCAUGUGGAGUCCCUGUGUCAGUUGCUGAGCAAGUGUGAAGGGCUCAGCCAGCUAGACCUCUCAGCAAACCUGCUAGGUGAUAGCGGGCUCAAAUGCCUUUUGGAAUGGCUACCGCAGGUGCCCAUCUCCGGUUCUCUUGAUCUGAGUCACAACAGCAUCUCUCAGGAGAGUGCCCUGUACCUUGUGGAGACCCUGCCCUCCUGUCCACGUGUCCGGGAGGCCUUGGUGAACCUGGGCUCUGAGCAGAGCUUCUGGAUUCACUUCUCCAAAGAGGAGGAGGAUGGGAAGACACUCAGGCUGAGUGAGUGCAGUUUCAGUCUACAGCAGGUGCCCAGACUGGCCACCAUCCUGAGCCAGUCCCUCCAGCUGACAGAGCUCACACUGACCCAGUGCUGCCUGGACCAGGAGCAGCUGACCGUCCUCCUGAGGCUGGUGCGGCGACCCACAGGACAGCUCAGCCUCAGGGUGGAGGAGCCGUGGGUGGGCAAAGCCAGUGUAAUCUCCCUGCUGGAAAUCUGUGCCCAGGCCUCAGGCAAUGUCAUUGAAAUAAGCAUCUCCAGGACCCAGCAGCAGCAGUUUUGCAUCCGGCUGGAGUUUCCUCGUCAGGAAGAGAACCCAGAGGCCGUGGCCCUCAGGUUGGCUCACUGUGACCUUGAGACCCACCACAGCCUUCUGGUCAGGUGGCUGAUGGAGACUUGUGCUAGGCUGAAGCAGCUCAGCUUGUCCCAAGUUAACCUCUAUGAUGAUGAAGAUGCCAGCUCCCUGCUGCUUCAGAGCCUUCUGCCAUCCCUCUCUGAGCUGAAGAAAUUCCGGCUGACCUCCAGCUGUGUGAGCCCCGAGGGCCUCAUCCACCUGGCAUCCGGUCUGGGCCAGUGCCACCACCUGGAGGAGCUGGACUUGUCCAACAAUACGUUCUGCCAGGAGGGCACCAAGGCACUGAUGGGGGCCCUUGAAGGAAAGUGCAGGCUGAAGAGGCUCGACCUCAGUCACCUUAAGCUCGGCGGCUCCACCUUGGCCUUGCUCACCCAAGGACUAAGUCACAUGAUCCUCCUGCAGAGCCUCCGACUGAGCGGGAACAGCAUCACUGCUGUCGACUGCUACUACCUUUCUGAGGCUCUCAGAGCUGUCACCACCUUGGAGGAGCUGGACUUGAACCACAACCAGAUUGGAGACGCCGGUGCUCAGAGCAUAGCUACCAUCCUGCCAGGGUUGCCCGGGCUCAGGAAGAUAGACCUCUCAAGGAAUAGCAUUGGCCCAGCCGGGGGAGCACACUUGGCGGAGUCUCUCAUUCUUUGCGGGUGCCUGGAGGAGCUGAUGCUUGGCUACAACACCCUGGGAGACCCCAUGGCCCUGGGGCUGGCUCAGGGGCUGCCCCAGCACCUGAGGGUCCUGCACCUGCCAUCCAGUCACCUGGGCCCAGAGGGGGCCCUGAGCCUGGGCCAGGCCCUGGAUGGAUGCCCACGUGUGGAGGAGAUCAGCUUGGCAGAGAACAGCCUGGCCAAAGGGGUCCUACAUUUCUGUAAGGGGUUUCCGCUGCUCAGACACAUGGACCUGGUUUUCUGUAAGAUUGACAACCAGACUGCGAAGUCCCUCGCCACCGGCUUCACACUCUGCCCAGCGCUGGAAGUUAUCUUGCUGUCCUGGAACUUCCUUGGGGAUGAGGCAGCUGCGGAACUGGCCGGGGUUCUGCCGAGGAUGGGACAGCUGAAGAGAGUAGGCCUGGAGAGGAAUCAGAUCACGGCUCGAGGAGCCUGGCUCCUGGCUAAAGGGCUGGCCUGGGGCUCUGGCAUCCAAGUCAUCAGCCUCUGGGGUAACCCCAUCCCCCAUGACACAGCCCAGCAUCUGCAGAGCCAGGAACCCAGGCUGGACUUUACCUUCUUUGACCACCAGCCCCAGGCCCCUCGGGGCACUUGA